CUGGCCUGGCAUACCAGCCGAGUGCCUCGAACGACAUUCAUUACUCGGCUGUCAUUUAAUUUCUCAACAAUUUUAUCACCCAAGUUAUUCGAGAACUAGUACUCCGGGCAAUUGUUUCAUGUUCCUCUGGCUUGUGAGGUGAUCACGAAGUGUAAAUAAUGUUGCCAAGUGUCUUCAGGUGUUGAGUAAUGAGUUAACCCCGAGGAAAACCAGUUUAUUCUAUAAUUCAGAGGCAUACCUGAACGAUACAGGAAAAAUAGUAGUCUGAUGUCACGUUGCGUUUAUCAGUGGAGAUAAGCACUGAAAUCGCGAUAAAAGGCUCUCCCAGUUUCGACUAAAGUCGGGCAAAAUGGCUUUGGCCAGGAUCAAGAGUUUCCUUGACAAUGGUCUGAAGAGUGUUUCGGCUCCCAUGGACCGGACAGCCGCUCUUGAGCCAGAGAUCGGAAUUAGAAUUGUUCAUUCACCGAAUGAUAAGGAACUAAGAGUCACUGUUAUUGGGGCCAGACAUUUACCACAGAACUUUGGCUUCACCAGGGUCAACAGUUACAUUGUCAGGAUAAAACUCUUCCCUGGAAAAGAUAAAUUCGAGACCACGACGAAGAAUGAAUCAUGGCCCCAAUGGAACGAGGAAUUCGUGUUUCCCCUCCGCAAAGAGACAAAAGUACGAUUUGGAAAGUCAAAAGUUACGGAGGAAGAGAUUGACGGAUCGAAGCUGAUAAUAGCGACUCUCUACGCCAUUCUGGAGGACAAGCCAUUGCUGGCGACUGAGAAGAAGGAGGCAGACAAGGAGAAUGCGAAGAAAAGUCAGGAGAAGGACUCGAAGAAGAAGGAUGGCUCCACAUCCGGGGCCUCUGGUUCUCAGGAGAGUAAACCCAAUAAAUUGCUCAGUCAAUUUUUCAAUAAAAGCCAGGAUAAGGAGGAAAAGGCCGCUCCGGAGAGGAGGCGGAUAGACCAGAGGAGGACUGUGGGAGCCACGACGAUUCCUCUGGACCCCAAGAAUUUUGGAACGAAACCAACCAGACCGAAACAUCCCAAUGAUGUGUCUACUGGAGAACUCUGGAAGCCCUUGAGGCCUAUUGCUAGUGGAAUCUCCGGAGCUGAGGACAGGAGGGAAAAUAAGAAAGGGCAAGUGGAGAUGAUCCUGAUCCAAGAAAAGAGUGACAAAAAAGACGUGAGCGAAGGGAAACUCGUCCUCAGUUUAUCUCGACUGAGAUGCUCCCUCCAGACGAUGCACGAGCAGGAGUCGAUGAAGGGACAGUUGUACAUAAAAAUAUCGGUGGUGGAGGGAGGGCGGGUCACUCACUUCUGGAAAAGUGAUCGGUUCAAUCCCACGGUUUCCAUGAAGUUUGCACAGGAUCAGGCCCAAGUCAUUGCUGAUAAUCCAUACGAGGGGGCUCUCAAGGACGUCAGCUUCGUUAUUAAAUUUGUAUCGAAAAAUAAAAUGGGAAAGAAAACGACUAUUGGACAUUUUGUGAUCGGUCCAGAUGUGGGUGGACAGUACAGUGAUCAGUGGAAGCAGGCCAUGUCAAAGCCUGGACAGGCGAUAACCAAGUGGCAAGCCUUUGAGUGAUUGAAAGAAAAUUCUAUUAAACACUUGGAUUAAGGUGUCAUAAACACGUUGUACAUAGACUUCACAAAGCAACCGUCCUUGGGAUUUCUUAUUGGAGAAUAUCCAGUAUUGCCUUGAUAAGCACGAUUACAAAACCGUUCAGUGAUGAGUUAAUUUUAAAGAAGUUAAGACUAAUGCUAUCUAUUCUGAAAAUAUUAACAAAGUCAUUUGGAAAUUUACACUCAUUUUGCCAAAUUUAUGAUAAGAAAAAUAAUCUUCAGAUUAUGACUUCACUAUCACUGACAGAAACAAUUAAUUCACUGGAGAUAUUUUUCUUUAGAAACUAGUAUUAUCCCGCAAUGUUUUGUAUGUAACAAUCUUCAUCUCCUCCAUUCACGCGAUGGAAAAUAUUCACUAAAAAUGAAUCAUUACAGAUAUUUUUUUCAGAGAACUGUUAGAUUUCUAAUUUUUACUGAAUAUUUCUCUCCGUGCAGUUGAAAAAUUAUCUCAAUUCGGUUGUGAAUAAGAAAAAAAUAAUUUAUCUAAUGUAACAUCUCCUAGGCGUGUAGAAUAACUUCGAGAUUCAUUAAUGCCACUUAGAAUUGACCGUAUUUAAUUGCCUACGUCAUGAUCCCAUGAAUCAGGCAGAGGGACAUAACGAGUGGGUGUGUCGCCUCUAGAAUUGGGACUGAAUUUCUCGCUCAAAUCGCAUCGAGAGGAUGAAAAUUCAAUUAACAUCCAAGUGCCAUUAACAGUAAUUCAUAAAAAUUGAGGCUUCAUUGUGAGAUCUACCACUUUGUAUUAGUAUUACUUGUCAACUGUAUUUUUAUUUUCUUUUUACAGUAAAAAACCAUUUGCACGCAA